UCAUUCUCGUCUCUUAUCUGUUCCAAGUCACUCUAGCGUAAAGACCAAAGGCUAGAGCUCAGUUCAGCACGCUGGGUCUGAAUCGUCUGAUCCUCCUUCUCGCUUCAACUCCAUUUGCUUUUUCAUUUAAUGCUUAGCCACAUUUUAAUUAAAAAAUGGGAAUUAUUGUGUAUAAUUAUCAUUCACUGCUCUCAAAUUCAUUUAUUACUAAAAGACCCCCUUCAUCAGAUUUUUCUCUUCACCAGGUCUGCUCCUUCAUUCCUCCACGCACUCAGAUCAUCAUAAGAACAUUGAAGAUGGCCCAGCAAAGUUCUACACAAAACCCAAUAAUACAGCAACAGAAAAUCAUAAUUUCAAACAACAACAGUGAGAAACUUGUUGGUAUAUUGCAUGAAACUGGAUCUACAGAGAUCGUAAUCUUGUGCCAUGGUUUUCGAGAUUCAAAGGAGAACAACACUAUGGUGAGCCUUGCUGUUGCUUUAGAAAAUGAAGGAAUCAGCGCCUUCCGUUUCGACUUUGCUGGAAAUGGGGAAAGUGAAGGUUCAUUUCAGUUUGGUAACUAUUGGAGAGAGGCUGAAGACUUGCAUGCUGUAAUUCAACACUUCAGUGGGGCAAACCGGCCAAUUAGUGCAAUUCUUGGACAUAGUAAAGGAGGCAAUGUCGUGCUCCUAUACGCAUCUAAAUAUCAUGAUGUCCGCACGGUGGUCAAUGUUUCUGGCCGUUAUAAUCUGAAGGAAGGCGUAGAAGAUCGCUUGUUGUGUAAAGACUUCAUUGAGAGAAUCAAGAAGGAUGGUUUUAUUGAUGUUAAAAAUAGAUCAGGAGAAGUUGAUUUUCGUGUGACUGAGGAAAGUUUGAUGGAUCGCUUAAACACAAAUAUGCAUGAAGCGUGCCUCAAAAUUGACAAGGGAUGCAGUUCAUUGGUCUCUAUUGCAUGGCUAAACCGUUUCAGCUUCUCUCAUCGUGACAGAGCUUGGGUUUUGACGGUCCAUGGAUCUGCUGAUGAAGUUAUCCCGGUCAAAGGUGCUUUGGAGUUCGCCAAAAUCAUACCUAACCACAAAUUACACAUGGUAGAAGGAGCAGAUCAUGGAUAUACUUCACAUCAAACUGAAUCAGCUUCUGUUGUUAUCCCGUUCAUCAAGGAAGGUCUGCAGCAAGGCAAGGAUAUUUCUCAGUACUCUUGUGUCCAGUGACCAACAGACCUACAUAUUUAGUUCUUAGUGGAAACGACACUGAUUUUGUGAGAGAUGUUUGAGCCAAACUGCAUCUGGAUCUUAUUAAGCGGAAAACCCCUUCUUCCUCAUCCCCAUUGUUGGCUCCUGAUAAACAGAAUUAGGGUUUAAGCAUCAAUUGCUACUUGAUACACGGCUGAUUUGACCAAUACUAUGUUCUCUCUGACGCAUAAUGAAUUUUGUGGGAGUAAUUGGUUGUCUGUUAUUCACCCCAACCCGUGUUUCCUUGCUACAUUUGUUGUGGUUAAGCUUGAAUUUCAGAAUUGUUAUUAUGUAUUUACAUUUUCUUUUUCUA